UCUCCCACACAGCCUGACAGAAUCCCCGUCCCAGCCUCGCCUCUGCUCCCUUCCCAGAAGUUUUCCAAAGACGAAUGCUCCAACUGCGUUAUUUUUUUUAGUUUAAUUUACAUCUGUUUCGUAUUAUUUGCAGUUCUGCUUUAUCUGGGUCACUCCCUCCGCAGUGUUCUUCCCUCCCUGUUAUCCCAGAGAGCUGAUUGUAGCCAGUGUUCAGCUCCAGGCUGUCAUCCCACAGACCUGCCAGCUGUCCUAAAACCCCACCGACUUUUCCUAGAGAUGCCGUUCUCUCUUCCAUUCCCUCUGAAAGACACCCGCUCCUUCCUCAGUUUCCCAGCUCUGUCACCAGCCCGAAAUUCCCUUCCCCGUGUUUGUCCCACCCCGAUGUUCCCUUUGAGGCUCACAUCACACGGAUCAAAUCUAUCCCGGAGGAUUCCAGCUGGCAUUUUGGAAUAUCCCACAGCUGCCUGGAAACUCCGAGCGGGGAGGGGGAUGGAAAGGUGUUUGUUCUCCCGAAGAGCAGCACACAAUGGCCCAGGGAGAACAAGGGAGCGAGGAGCUGGGGCCGGGGAGAAGGAGAAGGAGAAGGAAUGGACAGGCAGAACCGGAUUAUUCAAAUCGGAAUUAGAGCCGAGCAUGGGGGUGAAUGUAGGGCGCUGAAAGCUCUCCCGUGACGGCUGUAAACCCCCAGAUGAGGUUUUUUAGCACAGAAAGCAGCCGUGGGGAGGGAUGGGGAUGCUCGGUGCCCGGCUGCAGGAAUGUCCCGCUGCCCUCGUGAUUGGCUGCGGGAUGCUGGAGUCAGCUUUCACGGGGGCUGAUCAAAACUUCCCUUCGGCUCUCCAAAGUCGCUGUCUGAGCAGAGGAAUCGGCUGGAGGAGGCCGGGCGCUCUCGCAUUCCUCGGGAAAACGUCUUCAGUGGGAUGAGAGAGCUUCUCGCAGCGAGGAAAGGCAGCCGGGAGCAGGCGCCGGGGAGCCGCGCUGCUGCUUUUCCCCCGCAGAUCGGCUGGGAUCCCUCCUGGCAUGCUCCUCAUCCCUGAGGAUACCAUGUCUCAGUAUUCCACCAGCUUCCUGCUGCUGCCCAUCCCGGAGUACCCCGCGCUGGACUGUGCGCCCAACAAAAUCAUCAAACUGGUGGUGCUGGGCGGCAGCAGCGUGGGCAAGACAGCCCUGGUCGUGCGCUUUCUCACAAAGAGAUUUAUUGGGGACUACGAAGCCAACACUGGUGCUUUGUACUCCAGGAAGUUCACCAUAGAUGGGGAGCAGAUCUCUCUGCAGGUGCAGGAUACUCCCUUUGUCUCACUGGAGGACGACACGGACAGCAUCUGCUGCCAGGAGCAGAUAAACCGCUCGAUCUACUGGGCCGACGGCUUCGUGUUCGUGUAUUCCAUCACGGACUACGAGAGCUUCCGCCUGCUGCGGCCGCUGCACCAGCACAUCCGCAGGAUCCACCCCAACGCCAACAUCCCCCUGCUGCUCAUGGCCAACAAGGGCGACCUGCUGAGGGCCAGGCAGGUGUCCUCCAAGGAAGGGCUGCAGCUGGCCACGGAGCUGGGCGGGACGUACUGUGAGGUGUCGGCGCGGGAGAACUGCGAGGGCGUGCACGAGGCUUUCCAGCAGCUGUGCCAGGAGCUCAGCAGGAGCAGCAGCAGCUGCAACGGGGAGAAGAGGAGAGGUCUCCACCUCGUCCGGCCCAAGUCGCCCAACAUGCAGGACUUGAAGAGGCGUUUGAAGCAGGCUCUGACUUCCAAAGGCAAAUCUGCCACCACGCUCUGAUGAGGCCGCCCAGGAAUUGUGUUCCAGAGCCCUGGAUAUAAAAAAAGCAACGAGCUGGGGAAACGGGGCAUCAAUUCAGCCCAUCAGGUUGUGUGAGAGCCUCUUUCGUUUGGUCUUCACAUCUUUCUCAAAAGGCCCCUGCUCGUUCAGCAAAGGAACUCGCAGAAUUUGCUCUCUGGUGCGGGGAUUUUGACACCGUGGUUUAAAAGAAGAGAUCGUUCCGAAUUAUUUCUUUCUUUUAUAUUCUUUUUUUCCUUUUUCUUUUUUUUUUGGAAAGGGGUGCAGUCGAAUAUCUUGGUGUUAAAAAGUGGGUUUUGUUAAUGAGAAUUGUGAAAUCUUACUUUUAAGACAUGUAACUUCCCUUGGGAAUGGUUGUGUUCCCAAACACAGGCAGCGAACUACAGCAGGACAUGAGGAGAGCGAUGGGAGCAAGAAAAAUGGACCAGAUCUGCUUCAAUGCAAGACUGGGAAAUAAAUUAAUUAAUUCAUUUACAUGAAGAGCAUAAAUAGUGAAAAGUAUUCAUUCAAAGAAAGAGUUCUGAGCAGUGGGGAGAGAUUUGUUCAUAUGCAAACUUAAGCCUUACAGUGUCUCUUUAAAGGGAGAUUUUUUUUAAAAAACAAAUCACUAUUUUUACAGAUUAUUGUUGUUUAAAAGCACAGUGACUGCUUCUGAAAGUGAUUAUUUGGUUAAAAUACAAACUUGUGGCAGCAUUUUGCAGUCAGUUUCUCCAUGGCAUUUCUCAUUUUUCUGAAGGUUUCUGACAUUGGGAAAAGGGAAAAAUAGAUCAGAGUGGUUUAAAAUCCGCCAAAAAAUGGACUGCACUUAUGAAGAGCAAGGAGGUCACCUAAAACUCAUAAUUUUUUUUCCCAAACCAGUUAGACUUCAAGUUCAAAAUGCUUUUAAAAAAACAAAGCCUUCAUAGGAAGCACAUUUACAUCGUUACGUUGUUUGGGAUUUGUUUUUAAGAAGAAAAGUUUUUUAUGGUGCCUGAAAUUUUUGGCUUCGGGAAUUCAUUAUUUUGUUGUUUGAGUUCAAUCCAGGCUUCCCUGAACAGCUCCCAGAGCAUCCCAGCCUGUCAGGACAUAUCCCAGUGGCAGCGUCUGGUUGUGCCUCAGCACGUCCCAGGAUUUGGGGCUGUAUCCCAUAAAGGGAUUUAUGGAACCAAUAACGACAGCACGGAGCUCCCAGCACUCUGCUCUCAGUGAGGGUGGGCUUGGACCGUGUCAAAUCCAUGAUCCACCAACCUCUUCUUCAAGCAGGGCAGAUGAGCAAUUCAGGGACCAUGAAAGGAAAUCAAGCUCAGUGAUUUAUACUCAGGGACACUGGAGGGAAACCCGAGUUUGAUGGAUAUGGAAAAACACUCCCAGCUGCAGUUUCAUCUGAGCUAAAUCAACCUUUUCCUCAUUAGGAGCGGCAAAAAUGGAGUCUGAGGAGUAUUUGUAUGGCUCAGGGCUUUAAAAUGUACUUUGAAUUUUUCAUUUGCCUAUAUUAGACAGCUCUAGCCAUGAUUUUAUCACCUGGAUUUGCCUUAUCUCCAGCUCACUUUCUGUUUUAUUUAUUGUUUUCCACAGCUGCUCAUCUGAGAAUGUCUUGUGUUCUGAUUCCUUUAAGUCUUUCAUUCCCACAAAUGACCUGCACCUGUUUUUAAAUUCAGUUUCAAGUGGGAUUAGGAGGGGAAAAGUUGCAUCAUCCAGAAAGGGACUCAAAUGAUAUCAGGGAAUUUUUACUUUGGCUUAUGCUUAAUUAACAAUUUGUUGUUUGAGCAGUGUCAUUAAUCAUCCCAGGCACUUUGGUAUUUAUGGCAGAGAAUUUCAACGUUUUAAAUUAAUAAUAGCACAGCUCAAAUAUUGAACAUGAAGAUUCAAUAGCUCAAAUAUUGAAUCUAGAGAUUCAAUGGCUCAAAUAUUGAGUCUCAAGAUUCAAUAACAUGGAAUAGAGCAGUUUGCAAGACACACAGAAACUGAAGUAUUUUUGUAUUGGAAAAAUGAUCACCAGUUUUGAAUAGCAAUUAACAAUUUUGCCACUCCAGUACUGUAUAACAAGGGCUAAAUUUGCUGCAGACAAUUUGCUGACAUUGGUUUUCAUGAAAGCCUAAGAGAAUUUGUGCUCCAGCUUGGUAGAUUUGUUUGCAGCUUCCUUCAGCUCAAAUCCUUUCUGAUUUGGGAAGAAAUGUCACCAAAAUUCAGUGUUUUAGUUUUGUUAGUGAUUAAUAAAAACAUGCAAGGUCUUCCCUGAGCAGUGAAUAAAAUGGCUUUUUUAUGUGUCA